UGCGUUCAGGCACCUGCUUUCCAUCCGACAAACGACAGCGCUCCUCCUGCCGCUGCUUUCGAUCGAGAAGAAGAGCAUCGCUCCAUUAGCGGCAGCCGGUUCCUUGCGGAAGCAGCAUUGCGCACCUCCCUACCACCUCCUCACUCAGCCCUCCUCCUCCUCCUCCUCCUCCUCCUCCUCAACCUCGCAGCCUACGGAGGGGAGUUUUUCCUGUGUACUUUGCAGGGGGAGAAGGACACAAUAGCAUUGUACUAAGCCGCAGCCGCAGCCAUGGGUAAACAGAACAGCAAGUUGACACCUGAGGUGAUGGAAGACCUGGUGAAGAACACAGAGUUCAAUGAGCACGAACUAAAGCAGUGGUACAAGGGCUUUCUCAAAGACUGCCCUACCGGAAGGCUCAACCUGGAGGAGUUCCAGCAGCUUUACGUAAAGUUCUUCCCGUAUGGUGAUGCCUCUAAGUUCGCACAACAUGCCUUCCGUACAUUUGACAAGAACGGCGACGGCACCAUUGACUUCCGAGAGUUCAUCUGCGCGUUGUCUAUCACGUCACGCGGCAGCUUUGAGCAGAAGCUCAACUGGGCCUUCAACAUGUAUGACCUGGAUGGAGAUGGCAAGAUCACCAGGGUUGAGAUGCUGGAGAUCAUUGAGGCUAUCUACAAAAUGGUGGGAACAGUGAUCAUGAUGAAGAUGAAUGAGGACGGCCUGACCCCGGCACAGAGGGUAGACAAGAUCUUCAGCAAAAUGGAUAAGAACAACGACGAUCAGAUCUCGCUGGAGGAGUUCAAGGAAGCGGCCAAGAGCGACCCUUCCAUCGUGCUGCUGUUGCAGUGUGACAUGCAGAAGUGAAGCCCGCUUCCUGUGAAGCCCCUCCAUCCAUACGCCUCAAAACACCACUUCUGCUCGCUCCCCAAGACCCCUCCCUUUCCCGCGCCACCCCUGCCUGCAUCCACACAUACAGACACACAUACAAGCACUGGACUGCUGUUUAAAUGUCUCAUUUCACAGGGGGUUAAAAAAAAAAAAACUCUUUUUCAAUGGACUCGCUUCUUGUGGUCGUAUGCAUGAGAAAUAUGUCAAAUUUGCGGAAUCAUUUUGAAUAUAGCGAUAAGAUAAUGCUACAUUUCUAUUUCAGGACAUGUUGUUGUGCACCGUAAACACUCCACACAAAAACGUGCGCGCCGUCUUUGGAUAUUGCGGGUGCUUUCUGACAACCAGCCACCAUUUUGCGAUGGGGGGAAACUUUGCAGAGUCGAGGCACAGUAAAUUCGCAGUCUAGUAUUAAUGUAAAAUUUCUUAUUCGAUCCAAACUGGUUAAAUCAAUUACUGUUUGCCCAGGUUUUAGGGAUGGUAUUUGCUAAGGUACUAAAAUAUAUAUAUGAAGUGAGGAAGAAGCGGCAUGGAAAAUGAAUGAAUGAAUGAAAACAUUUAUUAACCGUAAUAGACAUCCAAUCCGUUUUGACUGUGAGUGGCUGAAAUCAAAAUUUAUUGCGGGCCAUAAUAAAAAAUGUUUAGUCUUUUUAUUGAUUCGGUGAAUGAGGGUGUGCUGGCUCCAUGCAGCUAUUGGCACACACUGUCUUCUAUAAGCAAAUAAAUUGAAAGGCUACAGAGUGAAAACAAUGAAAAUGAAACUAAUGGUGUCUGUCAGCGCAAGUUUCUCAAUAGUGACUUAACUUGACCUGUGUUUUGAAGGAAUUACUUAGAUGUUGGAAAAAUUCAGCCAGUGAAAGACUGUUCAGUGCUGCUACUCGUGAUCUCGAUGAGUGAAGGAACAGAUGUCAGUGUGAUAAAGCAGAGAAGCCUUUUUUCAUGGAAAAAAGUCACUUUAGCUCAAGAAGUACAUAGGUUUAUCAGCAAAUCAUGUACAUGAUUUAAUAUAUAGUGAGUCAUGUUAAACAUUUACAUUUAUAUUUUAUUCUUAUUUAUAUUGUGCAUUGUUGAAAUGUCAGUACCAAAUAAAUAUUAUCAAAUGAAUAGAUUCAUAAUUUUAAGCAUUUAGAAUUCAUGUCUUUAGAAAAUAAUGUAAAUAAUAACUUGCUUAAUUGUGUUUUGUUUUUUAGAUAUAAAAAUCUAGAAAACAUUUAUAAUAUUAAAGUUUUUUGAGUGACCAAAAACAGUCCCCUGCAUUGUCAAGGGUUAACCUUUGAUACUCUAAAUUUACAAAACACUUGUUCAAGUGCCGUCCAACAUGGCGGCCAUGUUCGUCCACAGGAAAUUCUUUCAAUCCUGGUAUUUACAAAGUAUUCACUGAGUAAGUGUCGUGGUAGUUGGUAAAUAAAGAAGAACAUGUAUAUUAAAAGAAUCCCAUUGACAGUUAUAGAUGUCCAAUGCAUUUUGAAGGGGAGGUCGGACAGCGAUAAUUCCCUGCCAACCUCUCCCAGUCAAAAUGGAUUGGACGUCUGUCAUCGUCAAUGACAGCCAAAGAGUUAAUAACCUAAAGUCAACAUUUUGGAUUGGGAAUUUGUUAAGCGUACGCGUGUCAAAUUUGAAAGCAAAAUCUCUACAAAUCUAGAAUAGACAUCCAUUCUUGUCAACAACAGCCACAGUUAAGUUUCCCCCCAUACCAAUAUGGCAACACACCGACUACUUCUAGUGGAGCACUGCCUAUUGGACCGUGUUCCCACCAGCCAGCCUUUCUUUGCAAGUUGUUCACCGCUGAUACUACCAUACUGCUUACCGUAACAGUAAAAAAGAAAAAAAAACAAUAAUAACAAUAAAAAAAAAAACAGUCCUACAAUAAUUGUAACAAUAGUGUCUCUGCCAGCCAGACUUGUAAAGCUCAUGGAUGAUAGAGAGAUGUUCGCAAAUGACUGAAAAAGUAUUGCAUGCAUAUAUUAUGUGUCGAAAAAGAAGAUAUAUAUAUAUAUAUAUAUAUAUGUAUUUAUAUACUGUAUAUAUAUAUAUAUAUAAUCUAUUACCUUUUUAAUUUUUUGCAUCUUCAGUGGUUAUAAAUAAGGAAAUCCUCUUGAGAUUCUUUUCGUAUUGUUGCAUGGGAUGUACAGUGUAAGCUCACCUGAGGUGGGAGCAUGCUUCCCUCCGCAUUCAUUCACGCACUUAUACAGUAUAUGAAUUUUUGAAUUUUCAAUCAUAUUAAUAAUAUAUGACAGAUACGAAGGAGUACUAGGGCCACACGUAUGAAAAAUAUUUAUGCUGAAGGAACUUAUAUACAUUAUUUUAAAAAAUGCAAGUAUUUUAUUUAUUUAUGUAUUUAUCAAUCUAUCAAUUUAUUUAUUUAUUUAUUUAUUAUCAUAAAACUGCAACUAUUACCCUAUGAAAUUACAAUAUUUUCUGUAAAAAAAUACUUUUAACCCCCCAAAAUACAACUUUAUUUUCAUUUUCAAUUUUAAUUUUCAUUUCAUUUGUUCCCCCAGAAAUAAUUAUUUUUAGCUUUUUGAAUUCUAACAUUAAAUAUUUUUCCUUUCAAAUUAUAUCUCUUUUUGUCAAAAUAUAAGACUUUUUUUUUUGUUGAUAAACGAUAUGACUUGAGAACAUAUUUAGCGACUUUUCUAGAAAAAGUUUUUUUUUUUCUUAGAAAAGGGGCAUGGUGUAUUAAACUUCAAAUAUUAUCACUUUAUUCUCAUUGUAUAAUAAUGUAAUUUUUAACUUUUCAGUGCGGCUCUAAUUUAUACUCCUUUGUGGAAUACACACUCACAUGCACACGAGUGGCACACAAUUAGCUGCCUAUUUGGUUUGUUUACACAGUACAUAUCGACAUGUUUACAAAGUGCACUGCUAUAAUAAUCCAAUGAUCUCCAUGCUGAGAGCUCCCUAUGGAACGGGACUCAUAUUCCAAAGCAGCAGCUGCAAAAAAAAAAGUUUACUGGAAAAACUGCAUUCCAACAUUGAAAUUGUUUUACACAUGUGAAAUGUUUAGUUUAGCUUUUUGAAUCAGUCUUUCCAGCACAUUAGGCUUCCCUGUUCACAGGCUAUGCAAGCGUGGACUGAGUGUCUGCUUUGUGAGUUCACAAGCCCAAUAGCAGACGCGGCAGAAAAGCUCCCCAUAAUAAUCUCAUUUAUUAUUAUAGUCUACGGUAUGUACACAUUUCAGUCUAGCCCGACACCACAUGGAGAUCUUUAAUGUCAAGUAAAUGUUUCUAUCAAAUAUGAAAACUCAUGAUACAAGUGAUUGUAUUCUUUUAUACAUGUGGCAUGUGUUGCACCCCUUAAACCAACCAACAAACAAAAAAGCUUGCAUUCUGUUGUGAUUAAAAUUAAUAAACCACAAACAGUCUUUUUUCCAAACACAAUGAUGGUGCUGCUACUGACUGACAGGUUAGAAGGAUAGAGAUCAAAACAAUAGUUUGUUUGUUUGUUUUCACUUUUACUUCCAUAACUUCAUGACUUUCCUUACAGAAAAACACCCUGACUUGACCUGUAUAGAAAACAUAUAGCUUUUAGUUUCCUUGAACAUUUUCAGUUUUUCUCUAAAAAU